CUGUUGACAAACUGGCUCUCCCAUACUCUGUGCCCCUAGGACGCUUCCCUAAACGUGAGAACAGGAGGUAUCCUGGGUUAACUAAAAGCUACAACCUUGCCACACUCUGAAGUACUUGCCCAGAUGCAUUUACAUAUAUCAGCCAAUAUUUUUAAAAAUCUGUUCCUAAAGAUAGGUUCCUAAAUACAUAUUCAAUAAUUCAUUGAUGUAAACAUUCAUUAACUCAGCUUUAAGGGUGCCUGGUGGUAUCCUGUGCCUUCUACAAUAUCAAGUUCAGCAAAACUCAAAACUUCUGAAGACAAGGAAAUGCAGAGCGAAGACUAUUUGCUCUUUGGACUCUAGAAGCUUCAGUGCAGCGGUGGGGCCCAGUGAAAAUCAGAAGUACACCUUAAAGCUGUUAAAACAUGGCCUCAAAAAGAGCCUUAGUGAUUCUUGCUAAAGGAGCAGAGGAGAUGGAAACGGUUAUCCCCACUGAUGUUAUGAGAAGGGCUGGAAUCAAGGUGACUAUUGCAGGUUUAACAGGAAAAGAUCCAGUGCAGUGUAGCCGAGAUGUCUUCAUUUGUCCUGAUGCCAGUCUAGAAGAUGCCAGAAAAGAGGGGCCUUAUGAUGUGGUGGUCCUGCCAGGUGGUAACCUAGGAGCUCAAAAUUUGUCAGAGUCUCCUGCUGUGAAAGACAUUUUAGUGGACCAGGAGAACAGAAAAGGCCUAAUUGCUGCUAUUUGUGCAGGUCCCACUGCCCUGAUGGCACAUGGAAUAGGGUUUGGGAGGAAAGUUACAACACACCCUUUGGCCAAAGAUAAAAUGAUGAAAGGAGAACACUACAAGUACUCUGAAAACCGUGUGGAAAAGGAUGGGAACUUUCUCACCAGCCGUGGUCCUGGCACCAGCUUUGAGUUUGGCCUGGCUAUUGUUGAAAUACUGCUGGGGAAGGAAGUGGCUGAUCAAGUGAAGGCUCCUCUUAUAUUGAAAGAUUAGUACAGAUCUCUUGAUGAAGGGAAAGAGGAGGAGAACACAAAUUGAGAUAGAAAGUUUCUUGUUUCUCUUCUUAAGAAUAACCAAAAAGAGAUUUUAUGCAGAACAUAGAUCUGUGAGGUGAACUCGUUUAGCACAACAUUGAUGUGACUAGCAGUCACACUUACAUUAGGAACUGGAAUAAUACACAGGCCAAUGGGUUUUGUUCUUAAAGAAGCUGACUUAAAUGGAUCUGGUAGCUAAUGAAACUUCUGCACUAGAAAGAUCUGUGAAUGUAAACAAUAGUGUUAUCUGUUUAAUAGUUUUUGUUCAUCUGGUUCUGAAGCUUGUUUGCUUGCUUAAAUAAAAAGGAAAGGAAAUCUGUUAAAAAGUGGA